AUGCAGGUGCCCUGUUCAGCCUGCGGCGCCUUACACUGGAUAGAUAAGCGGAAGAGCACUACCUCUGUAACAGACCCGCGAUUUACUCUCUGCUGCCUGGACGGCAAGGUCGACCUGCCAGCCCUCACACCGCUGCCGUCGUACCUGUAUCAGCUACUCAACACGAAUACUCUAGCAGCGCGGCACUUCCGUAAGGAGCUACGGGCCUACAACGCUGCCUUUGCGUUUACCUCGGUAGACUGUACACCUACCAGCCGUGGGGCGCAGGGCCCUGGCGUGCAGGUGUUUCAGAUCCACGGGGCCCUAUACCACCGCAGCGGCCCUGUAGAGGUUCUCAAGGGAAGCCUGCCGCAGUACGCUCAGCUAUACUUUUACGACCCACAGUACGCUGCCAACGCCCGCCACCAGCGGAACAGCCACUUACAGCUCCAGAUUCUCCAAGAUCUAACGGCAAUGCUAUAUGAGAUCAAUAACCCAUAUAUAUCUAUAUACCGCACGGCCCAGGAUCAGCUCAACAGUAGCGCUGCAGACGCCCGCGUUAUACUAACCAGCAGGCUUACACUAGCCCUAGAGACUAGGCAGGACCGCCGCAGGGAGAACGUACCUACUAGCGAUGAGCUAGGCCUAGUGAUACCUGACGCAGCAGGUGCAGAGACGUCCCGUCCCAUCGUCCUAGCGGCCCGUAACUCCAGCGCCCUGUUUACUAUCAGCGCCGCCCACCUAUCUUACAUGCCGCUACACUACGUACUGAUGUUUCCCCACAGGGAUUCUGGGUGGCGGCCGGGGCUAACGCUCCGUAACCAGGACGGAUCCCGUCUGCAGACGUCGCUGACCCAGCAAACCUACUAUCGAUACUAUCUACACCCCCGCCCUGGGCAGACUACAAAUCCGUUCCGCUUCUACAGGCUGUUUCAGCAGUACGUUGUGGAUAUCUGGGCUAUCUGCGACCAGGCCCGGCUGGCCUGGAUCCGAGCAAACCAGGCACAGCUGCGGGCAGACCUGUAUAGCGGUGUUGCUGAUGCCGUUAUGGGCAACAACGACGCCCAGGCAGGCCCUGUUGGACGCCGCGUUGUCCUGCCGUCGUCCUAUCUAGGCAGCUCACGAUUUGUCAGCCAGUGCUAUCAGGACUCUAUGGCUAUCGUCCGUCGAUAUGGCCGCCCUACCCUGUUUAUCACUUUUACAGCUAGCCCAUACUGGCCAGAGGUUGCCUGUGAGCUCCGCCCUGGGGAGACAGGCCUGAAUCGGCCUGAUCUAAUCUGCCGGGCCUUCCAUCUGAAGGUGCAGAAGCUAGUAGCCGAUGUGAAGAGCAACCUGUUUGGCACCCAUCUGGGCCACGUGUACACGAUUGAGUACCAGAAACGGGGCCUGCCCCAUAUACACCUGCUGCUGUUCCUGACCCCACACGACCGCGAGGCGUUCACGGAUCCUGUAACAAUUGAUAGCACUAUCCGGGCUGAGAUCCCUUCCCCUGUGCAUGACCCAGACGGCCUGCUUACAGAGGUUGUACGGACCUUCAUGCUUCACGGGCCAUGUGGGGAGCACAAUCUGCAGGCCCCGUGUAUGGUGCCUCAGCGCGACAGCGCCCCGCCGCGGUGCUCUAAGAACUUUCCUAAGCGUUACUGCCCAUCUACAGUGGUCCAUGAGGACGGGUACCCUGAGUAUCAGCGCUGGGAUAAUGGCUGCACGCUUGCUGUAUGGUGUAAGGGCCGUAUUGUACACCUUAAUAACAGCUGGGUUGUCCCGUAUAACCCUGGUCUGCUCUUACUAAACGUCUCAGAAGCAGAUGAGGUUAAGCAGCAUCUAAACGGGCGAUAUAUCAGUCCAUCUGAGGCUGUUUGGCGGCUGUUUGAGUACCCAGUACACAUGGAGCGGCCCACUGUAGUGCCCCUAGCGGUCCACCUACUGAAUGAGCAGAUAGUUACGUUCCCUGCUAACGCUACCACUGCAGAGUUAUUAGCCCGCCUGGAGCGAUCUGUAACUACGCUUACGGCGUUCUUCCAGCGCAACGCUGACCAUGAGUAUGGCCGUGAGGUCCUAUAUCAGGACUAUCCAUCCCAGUUUGUUUGGCACCUCCCGUCACGGACCUGGCACGUGCGUCAGCGCGGCACUGCGAUUGGCCGCAUGUACUUUUGCAGCCCGCUACAGGGUGAACGGUUCUAUCUACGGCUUCUCUUGACUACCGUACGGGGUCCACAGUCCUACGCGGACCUGCGUACCUUUAGCGGCACAGAGUAUCCUACUUUCUAG